AUGACGGCCAAGAUCGAUCAGCGGGUAGCCGUAAUAAGACAAAUGAAGGCCAAAUUACAAGCGACCAAUGAAAUAACACGAUCAACGUAUGAGACUAACAAAGAGACUAUACCAGAAACGGCUACACAAAAGUCGGCAAUUAUUAUACCAGCGAAUUCACCUACGGAUGAUGUCGACUGUGACCCACGUGAAAACUGUGACGCACGUGACAACUACGACGCACAUAGACCGAAUGAACUGCAAGAUAAAAUUGAAGAACCAAAGAGCGACUCGAAAAAGAAAGAUGAUUACACUGAUGAACAGAGCGCACAAAUUGAUGACCUUCAACUAAUUACGAGUCGAAUGCAUGCAGAACAUGAGUGGAAGAAUUGGGAUGGGUCGUGCCAAAUCACCAUCUGGACCAACGAUGGAAGAUCAACAGAGCGAAGGGAAUUGACCAAAUCGAGGACGAUUUUUGGUCUCAGUCAUGUUAGAGACGUUAGAUCGAGAUAA